UCAGGGACAGUCACAUGUACAGACGACAGUCGUACCUGAUCCGAAAAUCCAAGAACAAUCGUGCUUCAACAGCCUUAGAAGACCUUGGACUUGACAGAGACGAUGUUGCUUACUCCCUCAACAAGAAAGGACGAUGGCUUGUCCCACAAAUUCUAAAACACGAAAUAACUAAUUCGGAUGACGAUAUCAAAGUCGACAUUGUCGAAUCUCAUAAAUUGAAACGAAGAAACAAAUACACAGAAUUCUGUUCCAAUGAUGGUUUUCCGAGAAAGGUUUUACCCCAGAGGACGUAUUUCAAUGCAAGAAGCGUCAAUAGCAAGACUUUUGAUCCGGACGUAACAGUCGAUAUUGUAACCCCAUGCCCGAGGACAAGCUCUCUCGCCCACAAUCCUAAAUACCUCGAUUAUUCACCUACACCGAUUGGGAAAUGUGACACAAGCGCCACGUCCCAGAAAGAAUCAGAUUCCCCUAAAUGCAGAAAAAACAUACACCGAAAGAAGAUAUUCCUGGACAAUACAAAUGAGGAAUACCAUGAACCAGACUAUUACGAGGACGAAGAUGAGGAUAUCGAUCCCAACGAGGACGUGUACAAGCGUCAAAACGACGUGAGCGUCGGCGACAUCCUGAUUUAUUCUAGCGACAUGCAAAAUUUACUCUUCAGAGAACUAGAUAUGUCUAAACCUGACGAGGACGGCCUUGCGGCGGAAUACAACCAUGUACCAUUUACUGACAUAGGAACUGUAAAGGAGGAGUCAGGACACAUAACCCUGAACAUUCCAAACACAGAGGUACUAACUGGGCAUCUGAAGGAAGUAUUUGGCGGGGACUAUAUCGAAUGUCGCUGCCUCCCACGAAAGUUCCUUAUUGACAUCACAGACAGAGUUACCAGUACCGUCUUGAAAUCUAAAGCUUUUCUCAACAGGGAUUUGAGGCGAAUUGAUCUAUCAACAGUCCUGAUAUUUGCCUACGAUAUGAUCGGCAGUAUGGACAGCAUGGACAUUGACCUUUUUAAAGUCUCCAUAAACAUGAAAACAACACAAAGGUGUCUCAGAAUGGACUCUCUUCCUGAAAACAGUGUGGUUGGAAUUGAGGAAAUUGUUCAGGGCGCAGUAUCUUAUAUAGAAUCCCUCCCCUUUGAUAGCUUCAUACCUAGGAAUUCACCGAAACCCCACACUACGCCAGUCAACAACUACAACAAUAUUCUAAAACUUUGCACCAAAGAGGCUACCGUCUUUACUCCAGAAAAUGUCACCAUCAAAGACAUACUGAAAGAAAACAGUACACAACGGCAUGAACCAAAGGGAAAUAUUAACUUUGAGUUAAUUCUACCGGAUACGUGUUCCAUUUGUAUGGAAUCACUCCUAGAAUGUUCGGCGUCCGCUCUACAAACAUGUGGUCAUUGGUUUUGUGAUCGUUGUUGGAAUGAUCAUGUAACCACUUCUAGUAAUGGUAGGUUAGGGAAGGUCACGUGUCCGGCAUAUAAAUGUCAAUGUCCCGUAGAUAACGAUAUUUUGCUCACCAUUUCAAAUCUUCAAAUAGUAGAAGAAAUGAUCCGGCGACAAAUAAACACGGACAUCGAAAAAGAUUCAAACUCCAAGUGGUGCCCGAAUAAAAGGUGCGGACGCGUUAUCAAGUAUAAGAAAGCCGGACAGAGCACAAAUGUGGCGUGCGAGUGUGGAACUUGUUUUUGUUUCGAUUGUUUACAAUCCGUCCACUGGCCACUAUCAUGUAGGGACUACGACAAGUAUUUAGAGAAGUUAAAAGACAAUGGUCAUAUAGACAAAGCAUUUAAAACGGAAGAAGUGUUCACGUUUAUUGUCCAGGGUAAACGCUGUCCUGUUUGUAAUGUCUUCAUGGAAAAGAAUGGUGGCUGCUUCAACAUAUAUUGCAUUUGUGGCACUAUGUUCUGCUGGGGAUGUCGCAAAGAACUAAGAUUUCAUUCCAGCACGCCUUGUUACAGAGGGGACAUGUAUAGUGAAAGUGGUGAUAGGUACAAAACAAAAUGGAGGAGGAUAAUCGCUACCAUCCAUGGUCCCGUUGACGACAAAACUGAGUGGUAUCAACGUGCCGUUGAGAUUCGCACUACUCGCAACCCUUCUCGAGUGAAGGUGAUGUCAUCUGCGGUUCGAUCCAUGUGCAGAACACUGAGGUUAUACAAACAACGUCGGAAUACUGACAUUGGUACAGAACUAGAAAGCUUUGAAGUGUCAGAAUCUCUCAAGCACAUCACAGUAACGGAUAAAAUCCAUCCAUUUCUUAUGAGUACCAUUCACCUGUACCUGGAGAUAGUAUCGGUUUGUGAAUACACUACUGUGUUUUUAGAGAAAUCACAAGAUGAAAGCCUGGCACAACUCCGAGAUCGUCUUCAACGUCUGACCGAAGAAAUUCACUCCAUCUUUAUCUCCUCAAACAAUCUAGAUUUGAAAUCAUCAAUCUCGCGUCUUUUUCAUCUUCGUCUUGAAUGUGAAAAAGUAUUCGAGAUGUUGGUUUCCACAGUUGAAUGAAUAUAUCAUAAAAGAUUGUAUCACCAGUGAAGCUUUUCUCAACAAAGCAUUCGUAGAAAAUGCAAAUCAAGUUUUUAUAAUGUAGAAAUAUCGACUGAGGACAAAAUAUAUAACAUCACGUAUUGACUAUAACCAAAGGGUCAUAAUAAAUACUAUGUUAUUUGAAAAUAUUAAUGAUUCGAUACAAGUUGAUCAAACAAAUUCAGUACACUAUUCAUAACUAACAUAAUAACUUUCAAGCAUUCAGAGUUAUUGUUUGUCUAUGUUUUAAUUGAUUUUAAGAUAUUUGACAUUGUUACACAAUACUAAGGGGAGGUAAUUUAUAAGUACGCUAGUCAGCGUUGUGUUCCAGUCAACUUAGCUGAAAAUGAGUACGUGGUAGGUCAGUACAGGAAAUGAACUAAGCUCUUAUCUCCCCAGGGAAUUUAGAAGAAAAAAAACAUUGGUUGGUUGCUUAAUGCCAAAUUAUAACUAAGAAUGCUUUGAGACGGCUUUGGUGCUGGUUUAUAGCAGUACGAGUAUAUAAAACUCCAAAUUAUAUUUUUAUAAAGACCGAGUAAACAUGAUUUUAACGAGCUUUUUGGCGCGCCCGGUCAUAUAUUUGUUUUCGGAAUGUAAUUAGAGUUGUCGUUCUUGAUACUUGAUAUGUGAAAAUUACAAAUUAGACUGAAACGGACAUGUUGUAUUUUGAUUGCUAUUGCUGAAUUAGACAAAGCUUUAUAUUGUAUUGCAAUGAAUAAUAUUAAAUAUAUAUAAAUAUA